AAGGUAAAGCGUCUGUUGACGUAGAUUAAAUUGAAGCAUGCAACAAAUAUUUAUUUUGUAGUUAGUUGUUCUAAAACGUUAUCCUUUGGCUCACAGUUAAGAUGUCUGAAUCAGAAAGUGACACCAGUGUUGAAAAGGUUCAGGAGAAAAGAGUUUUUGUUGGAGGAUUGUUCCCCGAGGUCACAGAUGAUGAAUUAAAGAGUCGAUUUGGAAGAUUUGGGACUGUUAAAGGUGUUGAGAUUAAAAUAAGGAAGGAUAGCAAUGGAAAUCCUAUAAAAACAUUUGCUUAUAUAGACCUGGAAACUAUUGAGAGAGACUUUAAAAAAUGUGUAAGUACGUACAACAAAACCAGAUGGAAAGGUUCUGAGUUGAAAAUACAGGUUGCUAAAGAAGACUUCAUGAAAAAGCUUAAAAAGGAAAGAGAGGAAGCAUUAAAAGAUUUGACAGUGAAAGAGAUUCCAGAUGCUCUUGUAUCAGGUAUACAGAGCAAACUAAUGGCCAUAUCUGAUAUAGCCACAGCUGCAAACUUUAACAUGCGAGGGGCAGUUCCUGGUACUGUAAUACCAGGGGAGGAG